AUGGCCGCAAUCAGUCUCCGAAAGGGCAACACUCGUCUGCCCCCGGAAGUCAAUCGGGUUCUCUACGUCCGCAAUCUCCCCUUCAACAUCUCCAGCGAGGAGAUGUACGACAUCUUCGGCAAAUACGGCGCCAUACGACAGAUACGCAUCGGCACCAACAAGGACACCAGAGGCACCGCCUUUGUCGUUUACGAGGACAUCUACGACGCCAAAACGGCGGUGGAUCACCUCUCCGGCUUCAACGUCGCCAACCGCUACCUGAUCGUGCUUUAUUACCAGCAGGCGAAGAUGGGCAAGAAGCUUGAUCAGAGGAAGAAGGAGGAAGAAAUCGCCAAGAUGCAGGAGAAGUACGGCGUCUCCACCAAAGAUAAGUAG